UUGAGAAAAGUAAGAAGAAGAAAGGAAAGAUGGUUGGUGAAGGGGUAUUUGGGCUUUGAAGUUUUUAUUUUAUUUUUUGUUUGAAAAUUUUGGGUUUUGAAGUUUGAACUACAUUUAAAAAAAAAAAAAAAAAAAAAGAGGCUUAUUUUUCAGAGGGAGAAUUAAAAAGAAAAUUGGGUUAUCGGUGGCAUUUAAUGAAAAAAGAAAACUUAAAAAGAAAAAAAAAGAAGGGAUUUUUGGUGUCAUCAGGUCAAUAUUGGUGGGAAUUGGAAUAGGAUUUGGGGUUGUUGUGAUUGGUUUUCUAAGUAAAAUAGGAAUUUUCUUCUAUUUUAUUUGUUUUAUUUUUCAUCUGUGGAAAGCUCUGUUAAGUGAAAAUUAUUGAUUUCUGAUAGAAAAGCCCUGAAUUAAUGUUUUUCCUGAUGCUUUUGAUGGUUUCUGGGUUUUUCUAGCUUUUCCAUUAAAAUUAUUUUUGUUGUUGUUGUCUUCAUCACCCUCAGUUGGUAGAAAUUCUCUUUCUGGGUUGCUCUGCUUCCGUUCUUUGAAAAUGGAUUCUAGGACAAGUGAUGGUGUUGGAAGUGACAAAACACCGAUGAAGAUGGACAAUCAAAAAGGCAUUAUAAACUCAAAGGGUGAAGGUACGGGAAGUUUAAAUAGCAAAGAUAUGGUUUUCAGAGCCGAUAAAAUUGAUCUGAAGAACUUAGAUAUACAGCUUGAGAAGCAUCUGAGCAGGGUUUUGACAAGAAACACCGAUCCCCAAAAGCCUGAAGAAGAGUGGGCCAUUGAUUUAUCAAAAUUGGAUAUUAGAUAUGUUGUAGCUCAGGGGACCUAUGGUAUUGUGUACAGAGGCACUUAUGAUAAUCAAGAUGUUGCAGUCAAAGUGUUGGACUGGGGGGAGGACGGUAUUGCUACAGCUGCUGAAACUGCUGCUUUGCGGGCAUCAUUUCGGCAAGAGGUUGCUGUUUGGUACAAGCUUGACCAUCCUAAUGUUACAAAGUUGAGUUAUACAAGCAAUCAUUUUUUAUUGCAGUUUAUUGGAGCUUCAAUGGGAACUUCAGAUCUAAAGAUUCCUUCAAAAAAUCCUACCGAUGGUAACAAUUCCCAUCCUUCAAGGGCAUGUUGUGUUGUUGUAGAGUAUCUUCCCGGUGGAACACUCAAAAAGUUUCUAAUUAGAAAUAGAAGAAAGAAACUUGCACUAAAGGUUGUGGUCCAACUUGCUUUGGACCUCGCUAGAGGUCUUAGUUAUUUGCAUUCAAAGAAAAUUGUACAUCGUGAUGUCAAAACAGAAAAUAUGUUACUAGAUGCUCAUAGGACAUUGAAAAUAGCUGAUUUUGGUGUUGCUCGUGUUGAAGCUCAGAAUCCAAGGGACAUGACUGGUGAAACCGGUACCCUUGGAUACAUGGCUCCGGAGGUUCUUGAUGGAAAGCCAUACAAUAGAAGGUGCGACGUGUACAGCUUUGGCAUAUGCUUGUGGGAAAUUUAUUGUUGUGAUAUGCCUUACCCAGACCUUAGCUUUGCUGAUAUAUCAUCUGCUGUUGUUAGACAGAAUUUACGACCGGAAAUUCCAAGAUGCUGUCCAAGUGCAUUGGCAAAUAUAAUGAAAAAAUGCUGGGAUGGAAAUGCAGACAAACGUCCUGAAAUGGAUGAAGUGGUGAGAAUGUUGGAAGCAAUUGAUACGAGUAAAGGAGGAGGGAUGAUACCUGAGGACCAAACUCCAAUGUGUUUCUGUUUGGGCCGUGCUCGCGGCCCUUGAAUUCCAAGGUGUUUGACAGGUUUUUUGUUCAGCAGUUGAUGAACACAGAGGGAAAAGGAAGACGAAUUCGAGAAAAGAAAGUAUUGUGAUUGUUUGUGUUUGCCAUGUCAAGUCCUCAUUUGGAAGAUUAGUUGAAGAAUUUUCCUUUGUUUAGGGUGUUUUGAUGCUCUUUCAUGUAUAAAUUGCUUUAGAUCUUACAUAAAAUUAUGGGGAAGGCUCACUCCAUUGUGUCUUUUCCUGGUUGAGGUCAGAGUCUAGCCAAUUUAUUUUAUUUUUUAUUGUUAUUUUUCAAAAAGUUUCAAUUUUUUAUAUCAUAUAUAUGAUUAAAUAUUUCUCUAUCAAAUUUGUCAACCGGUAUAUUUGAAAUAAUAAAAAUUGACUCUUCAUACCA